UACUUCAUAUUCCUUUAUACACAUGUAUAAAUAUUAUGGGUGUUAAGUGUCUGCAUUGUGUUACGACGCGGCAGAGUAGAAAAAACACGAAUACAAAAUAUGGCAAGCUCGUCGAGACAUGAAACAAACAAAGUUUGCUGUUAUGCUCAUCCAGAUGCACCUCUUAUUGAAGACUACAGAGCUGGAGAUCAGAUUUGUUCAGAGUGUGGAUUGGUCGUAGGAGAUAGAGUGAUAGAUGUUGGUUCAGAAUGGAGAACAUUUAGUAAUGAAAAAGCUGGAGUUGAUCCAUCACGUGUUGGUGGACCAGAAAAUCCACUUCUAAAUGGUUCAGAUUUAUCUACUAUGAUUGGUCCUGGAACUGGUGCUGCAUCAUUUGAUGCCUUUGGUGCUUCAAAAUAUCAAAACAGACGUACAAUGAGCAGUUCUGACAGAGCAUUGAUCAAUGCAUUUCGUGAAAUCAAUGGAAUGGCUGAUCGUAUUAACUUGCCUAAGACUAUUGUCGAUAGAGCAAAUAAUUUGUUUAAACAAGUACACGAUGGCAAAAAUUUAAAAGGUCGUGCAAAUGAUGCCAUUGCCUCGGCUUGUUUGUAUAUUGCCUGUAGACAAGAAGGUGUGCCCCGUACUUUCAAAGAAAUUUGUGCUGUCAGCAAAAUCAGUAAAAAGGAAAUAGGAAGAUGUUUUAAACUGAUAUUGAAAGUACUUGAAACUAGCGUUGAUCUUAUCAGAACUGGAGACUUCAUGUCAAGAUUUUGUUCAAAUCUUGGACUUCCUAAUAUGGUGCAAAGAGCUGCCACGCAUAUCGCGAAAAAGGCAGUAGAAAUUGAUAUUGUACCUGGACGAUCACCGAUUUCGGUGGCAGCAGCUGCAAUCUAUAUGGCAUCGCAGGCAUCGGAAGAUAAACGAUCACAAAAAGAAAUUGGUGACAUUGCUGGUGUAGCUGAUGUCACGAUCAGACAAUCAUAUAAGCUAAUGUAUCCCCAUGCAGGAAAACUGUUUCCAGAAGAUUUUAAAUUCGCAACACCUAUUGAUCAGUUACCGCAAAUGUAAACUUGAAAUUUUGUGUGUCUACGUAUAUUUUAUCAUGUUGAAACAAUAGUUGAUUUCUAAAUAAUUAAUGAUUUCUAAAUAA